AGAAAGGGAAAAAGAUAAACCACCUGACCUCCCUUCGCACCCGCCCGCUCCGAUACGCCCCCGGACACAGCGUCCGGCUCCCGCAAAAGCAACGCACACGAGCAAACUGUGUGACGGUGCCGUGGCACAAGCGACUCACCGUAUGUUUUCCGGGAGAGCGGGUUUUUGUUUUGCGGGAGGAAGAGUGGGUUGAGGGAAGGUGGCGUAUGUGCAGAUAUGCGGGUGUGGGUAUGUGUAUGCGGGUGUUGUGGACGGGAAGUAGGAGGGGAGUGGGUCGGAUGGAGGAAGAACUUGUUUGCUUGCGAGAUUCCGGAGAAUUUGGAGGGUUGUCUGGUUGCUAGGAGGGGAAAGUGUCUGGGUUGUUCUAUCUGCACGGAGAUGAGCGCAGCUCAUUUUGAUAGAGGUUUCUUGGUAGUAGCUGAUAUCUCGUGCAGAUACCGGAAUCCCAAGAUCCAAGCAUCUGGAACUGAUAGACCCGAGAUGUACGGAGUACAUACACACGGCUCACGGGUAUCUGUCUCCGCAGUGCGAAAGAGAAGGCACAAGGGCGAUCAUGUGGCAUUUCAAGAGAUCAUCUGCAACCGAUCUUCCCGAAGACGAAGACAAACAACCAGUCUCUUCUCUGUAGUAAAGCUUGAGCUACAUCUUACCUACGUAGAUACUUAUUCCCGAACCUGAGGUCAAGCCAAUUUGUCCACCUUUCGAAGCUGUAGCACUUAUCCAUGCAGG